AUGGUUGUCAGGGUUAUCUAUUGGUCAUCAGCUGUAUCGGAAGAGUCUGAGGAAAGAGGCAAAGGGAAAGUGGUACGGGGAAAGGGGAUGUGGGAGGAGGCAACAGGGAAAGUGGUGAGGGGAAAGGGAGUGUGGGAGGAGGCAACAGGGAAAGUGGUGAGGGGAAAGGGGAUGUGGGAGGAGGCAACAGGGAAAGUGGUACGGGGAAAGGGGAUGUGGGAGGAGGCAACAGGGAAAGUGGUGAGGGGAAAGGGGAUGUGGGAGGAGGCAACAGGGAAAGUGGUACGGGGAAAGGGGGUGUGGGAGGAGGCAACAGGGAAAGUGGUACGGGGAAAGGGGAUGUGGGAGGAGGCAACAGGGAAAGUGGUACGGGGAAAGGGGAUGUGGGAGGAGGCAACAGGGAAAGUGGUACGGGGAAAGGGGGAGUGGGGGGAGGAGGCAACAGGGAAAGUGGUGAGGGGAAAGGGGAUGUGGGAGGAGGCAACAGGGAAAGUGGUACGGGGAAAGGGGAUGUGGGAGGAGGCAACAGGGAAAGUGGGAAAGUGGUACGGGAAAGUGGUGAAAGGGGAUGUGGGAGGAGGCAACAGGGAAAGUGGUACGGGGAAAGGGGAUGUGGGAGGAGGGGAUGUGGGAGGAGGCAACAGGGAAAGUGGUGAGGGGAAAGGGGAUGUGGGAGGAGGCAACAGGGAAAGUGGUGAGGGGAAAGGGGAUGUGGGAGGAGGCAACAGGGAAAGUGGUGAGGGGAAAGGGGAUGUGGGAGGAGGCAACAGGGAAAGUGGUGAGGGGAAAGGGGAUGUGGGAGGAGGCAACAGGGAAAGUGGUACGGGGAAAGGGGAUGUGGGAGGAGGCAACAGGGAAAGUGGUACGGGGAAAGGGGAUGUGGGAGGAGGCAACAGGGAAAGUGGUACGGGGAAAGGGGAUGUGGGAGGAGGCAACAGGGAAAGUGGUGAGGGGAAAGGGGAUGUGGGAGGAGGCAACAGGGAAAGUGGUGAGGGGAAAGGGGAUGUGGGAGGAGGCAACAGGGAAAGUGGUACGGGGAAAGGGGAUGUGGGAGGAGGCAACAGGGAAAGUGGUGAGGGGAAAGGGGAUGUGGGAGGAGGCAACAGGGAAAGUGGUACGGGGAAAGGGGAUGUGGGAGGAGGCAACAGGGAAAGUGGUACGGGGAAAGGGGAUGUGGGAGGAGGCAACAGGGAAAGUGGUACGGGGAAAGGGGAUGUGGGAGGAGGCAACAGGGAAAGUGGUGAGGGGAAAGGGGAUGUGGGAGGAGGCAACAGGGAAAGUGGUGAGGGGAAAGGGGAUGUGGGAGGAGGCAACAGGGAAAGUGGUGAGGGGAAAGGGGAUGUGGGAGGAGGCAACAGGGAAAGUGGUGAGGGGAAAGGGGAUGUGGGAGGAGGCAACAGGGAAAGUGGUGAGGGGAAAGGGGAUGUGGGAGGAGGCAACAGGGAAAGUGGUGAGGGGAAAGGGGAUGUGGGAGGAGGCAACACAGGGAAAGUGGUGAGGGGAAAGGGGAUGUGGGAGGAGGCAACAGGGAAAGUGGUACGGGGAAAGGGGAUGUGGGAGGAGGCAACAGGGAAAGUGGUACGGGGAAAGGGGAUGUGGGAGGAGGCAACAGGGAAAGUGGUGAGGGGAAAGGGGAUGUGGGAGGAGGCAACAGGGAAAGUGAGGCAAAGGGAAAGUGGUACGGGGAAAGGGGAUGUGGGAGGAGGCAACAGGGAAAGUGGUGAGGGGAAAGGGGAUGUGGGAGGAGGCAACAGGGAAAGUGGUGAGGGGAAAGGGGAUGUGGGAGGAGGCAACAGGGAAAGUGGUGAGGGGAAAGGGGAUGUGGGAGGAGGCAACAGGGAAAGUGGUACGGGGAAAGGGGAUGUGGGAGGAGGCAACAGGGAAAGUGGUACGGGGAAAGGGGAUGUGGGAGGAGGCAACAGGGAAAGUGGUACGGGGAAAGGGGAUGUGGGAGGAGGCAACAGGGAAAGUGGUACGGGGAAAGGGGAUGUGGGAGGAGGCAACAGGGAAAGUGGUACGGGGAAAGGGGAUGUGGGAGGAGGCAACAGGGAAAGUGGUACGGGGAAAGGGGAUGUGGGAGGAGGCAACAGGGAAAGUGGUGAGGGGAAAGGGGAUGUGGGAGGAGGCAACAGGGAAAGUGGUGAGGGGAAAGGGGAUGUGGGAGGAGGCAACAGGGAAAGUGGUGAGGGGAAAGGGGAUGUGGGAGGAGGCAAAGGAAAAGUGGUGAGGGAGAAACAGGGUGUGGUGGUGGGGAGCAAAGGGAAAGUGGUAAGGGAGAAACGGGGUGUGGUGGUGGGGGGAAAGGGAAAGUGGUGA